AUGCACAGCCCAACCCAUCCACCUCCUUCACCUCAACACCCAACCCAACCCCCAACCAUGGACUCCAUCAUCAUCAAAAUCCCAGGAUCAUAUCCCCGUGACCACCGCUCAAGCCCCCCGAUCGUGAAUAAACUCAUCACUAGUAGCGGCACCCAACCAUCCACAGAAUUCACUCCGCAGGUCACAACAGCCCUGCUCUCAAAGUAUGAUGUUCGGGUGCCGCGCGAAACUGCGCGUAGCAUAUUUAACCAGCAGUCGGAUACAGCCAUUAUGGGUUUUGAAUGUAUGAAUGGGAUUGUCGGGGGUAUUUGGAACGUUAUCUGUUCUGUUGUGUGCGCUUUGUGUUCUGGGUUCUGGGACAGUGUGAAUCACGAAACAGCCGCCAAAAUGAUCAAACCUAUACUCCUGUUGCUUGCAGCUUACGAAGCAGGGCAGAUGUACUCGAUCACUACUGAUGGUGACGUUCUGAAUGGGGAGAUCACGGUGCGCGCUUGGGGUCAUGAAUAUGAGUUUGCUCGGACGUUGAGGCGAUAUGAUGAUUUGAUGAAGAUCGUGUGGCAAAGGCAAUGGGUAGGGUUGCUUACCUACAUUAUGGCCACGGCUGUUCUAACCGAAUGCAUCUGCAACAUUCUACAUCUUGGAAGCUGCUACGGGUUGGCGGUUAUGAUGGCGUGUAUUCUAGCUGUUCUGUUUGCGGCAGCGGAGGAUUACGUUGGUUGUUCGGUUAUAUCUACAUCUACAUCUACAUCUACCUCUGUGAAAGAGGGUCGUGAGGUGACGCUUCGGGAUUUGAUGAUCGGUGCAUUGAAGAAGAGUGGUAUUCGCUAUGCUAAAGUUUGGAGUAUGCCGACUUUGCAGAAGCAUAAUACUAGUGACACGGAAGUGCUUGAAAAGUACCUUAUCAAGGGAUUGAAGGCACCCACCACCGGAACCGUCCACGAUGUAUACGUGACACAUUAUAAACAUGGGAUGGUUGUCGAGCGAUUUACCCCCGAAGAAGAUACUGCAUCCCCCGCCAGUCCUGCUGACUCUCCCGACAAUAAUCACGACGGAUACAAAGUCUCCUACGGCCUUCGGUACUUGGCGGAGGUGAAUCCGCAAGAUCAGCAAGCCAUAGCAAAGGGCAUUGGUAGAUCAUGGACCUGCUUGGAUCAGACCAGCACCAUGAUCUUGACCGAGUGUGAUAUCUCUGACGAGCACGCGGACUUUUACUUCGACUUUGAUGCACGGAGUGAUGACGACGAAGACGACGAAGAGGAUGGGGACAUUGAGAUCGCCGGCUCGUUGAAUGGUUUCCUAUAACUAAAACCUUGUGUCCUGUCAGGCUGUGUUGGUAUUCCUGUUCACUCAUGUUCUUAACUAGGAGCAUAUCUUACACUUACCUCCCUCUUCCCUAUCCCCUUCUCAAGCUCAUCCCACCCCAGCACAAAAGCAAUAAAUAAACAGCAAAUGGGUAUCACAACAC